GAAGGAGGUGGUAUUUUAAUCGUGCGAACAAGUUGUCUGCGGGCGGACGUGCGCAUUUUGGUUGUAUUUUUUUUAAUAUCAGUACGGAAAAAAGAACUUUGCACAUUCCCUCGAGUUUUUUUUUUAUAUACCAGCUUAUUCUUGUUCGUAUUUGUAUUCGCAAUUGCUGGCGGAGCAGACAAGUAUAGUGCAAUAUUAACACGGCCCUAGAUAUAUAUCACCUGGCGAAAUGGACGCACACGCACACCACAGCGCACCCAAUGUUGAACUGAUUGACCAUUCCAUGCACGGACACGAUCACGCGAACAUGCAUCACGAUCACGAGCACAUGGGCCUGGACGCGACCACGCUGAGUCCGCCGCUGGCGACGCCGCACGGGGAUCUGGCCAUGGGCAUGCAUGCUGGCCAUCAUCAUGGCGGCGGCGGCGGCGGAGGCACGGGCACCGGCAUGGAGCACAUGAUGUCCAUGGCGUUCCAUUUCGGCUACAAUGAGACAAUCCUGUUCUCGUGGUGGCACAUCGAGACGAUCGCCGGCCUGAUUGGCUCCAUGAUAGCCAUCUUUCUGCUGGCGCUGCUCUACGAGGGCCUCAAAUACUAUCGCGAGUAUCUCUUCUGGAAGACGUACAAUCUGCUCGAGUAUCGGCCGGUGACGGGACCGCAACGCAAUCCGGAGGCGCCGCGCCUGCCCGCGCCCGCCGCCCAUGCCGCCCCAUCGCCCGUGCAAUACGUUGGCGAAGUUGUGCACAAACAACCACCGACAAUGCUGUCCAUCAAUCAUCUGUACCAGACGCUGCUGCACGUGCUCCAGGUGACGCUCUCCUUCCUGCUAAUGCUGAUCUUCAUGACAUACAACGUAUGGCUCUGCAUGAUGGUGGUGCUGGGCGCCGGCAUUGGAUACUUUCUCUUCUGCUGGAAGAAAUCGGUAAUUGUCGAUGUCACCGAGCACUGUCACUAGCAGACGCCCAUCUGUCCAACCAGGAAGGCGAUCCACUCCAGCCGGCUGUGUCUCACCCGCGACGGAACGUCGCCAUGAUGAGCCGGCGCCCGCCCGACCGAUCGACCAGUCACAAUUCCUGCUGCAAGCUGAAUGUCCCAUUUUCUCGAAAUGCCCAACCCCC